AUGUCGUCCAAACUUUUCCAGCCUCUCAAGGUCGGCCAGGCCCAGCUCUCUCACCGCGUGGUGAUGGCCCCCCUCACUAGAUUCCGCUUCGACGCCGAUCACAUCCCCCUCGACAUCGCACUCGAGUACUACGUGCAGCGCGCCGCCGUGCCGGGCACUCUCAUCAUUGCUGAAGCCGUCCUUAUUUCCGAGGCCCACGGCGGCUUUCCCAAUGCCCCGGGCAUCUGGACGGAGCGCCAGAUCGCCGGCUGGAAGAAGAUCACCGACGCUGUCCACGAGAAGGGCAGCAGCAUCUACUGCCAGCUUAUCGCGCCUGGUCGCGCCGCCGUCGUGCCCGUCUUAGAGAAGGAGGGCGGACACCCGCUGCUGAGCUCCAGUGCCGUGCCGAUUAGCGAUGACUCGCCCGUUCCGCGCGAGAUGACCGCCGAGGAGAUUGCGCAAGCGGUCAAGGACUUUGCCCAGGCUGGCAAGAACGCCAUCGCUGCCGGAUUCGACGGUAUCGAGGUCCACGGCGCCAACGGCUACUUGGUCGACCAGUUUCUCCAGGAUAACUGCAACAAGCGCACGGAUCAGUGGGGCGGAAGCGUCGAGAACCGAGCCAGAUUCCCCGUCGAUGUUGCCGCGGCACUGGCUGAGGCCAUCGGCGCCGAUAAGGUCGGCUUCCGCAUCAGCCCAUGGAGCAACUUCCAGGCGAUGAGAAUGAAGGACCCCGUCCCGCAGUUCUCCUACCUUGCGCAGAAGUUGAAGGAGCUGAAGCUGGCUUACCUGCAUGUUAUCGAAUCCCGAGUCAACAACUGGCAGGAUGUGGAAAAGGUCGAGGGCAUCGAGUUUCUCUUGGAGAUCUGGGACAACACCUCGCCUGUCCUCGUCGCCGGAGGCUUCACCCCGGAAUUGGCGAUGCGCGCCGUGGACGAGGAGUAUGCGAAGUGGGACGUUGCCGUUGUCUUUGGCCGCCACUUUUUGGCGAACCCCGAUCUGCCUUUCCGUAUCAAGCACGGCUUGCCGCUGAACAAGUACGACCGGGAGACCUUUUACACCCCCUCGAUCCCUCAGGGAUACACUGAUUACCCCUUUCAUCCUUCUUUCAAGCCGGGAACUCCGCUGGCAUAG